AUACGCCCAAAAAGAAAUGCUUUUACUGAAACUCACCCGAAUAUUCCGCCUACCUUUAUUUUUACCUUUUCUUCUCAAGAAAAAGAAAAAAAAAAUCUUUUCUUAUUAUAUCAUAAUAAAAAAAAAAAUGGCAUCCGAUUUAACGUUGGCCAUAAUGUUAUUAUCUGUAUGUCUUUGGAUACUUGUGACACACAUACAAAGUCCAGUUGAAUUAUUAUUACAACUGACUAUUAACGAAAAUAAUUCGAUGAUUACGGUUCCUGAUAAUAAUAAUAAUACGUAUUUAAACCUAUAUCAAGAAGACAUUCCGAUAGGAUGUAAAGUUACAAAAGUGAUUAAAAGUAAAUUUACGAAUGAUGAGAAUGAAAUUGGAAUAAUUAAUUUCUCACAAUUUCCAAAUGGAAUUAUUCAAGUUUCAGGAGAAAUUAAUAAUGUUACUCGGGUUACUCAGCAUGAUGUUUCCAAUCUUUAUUUUGAAAUUGAAGAUUUCGAUGAUGAUGAUAAAGGUGCUAAAGGUGCUUCUAAAAUUGUAAUUGGGAAUGAUAAUUUGUUCAUUAAUAAAAGAGAAGGUGGAAUUAUAAAUUUUAUUUUUGUUACAAAGUUAAUUUCAAUCGAUAAUAAAUGUAAUCUCAAUCAGAAUCAUAGAAGGAUACGAAAGAAUGUUAUUGGUAUUGGAAAGAAAUUUGUUGUUUAUAUUAAAAACAAUGAUGAAUUGCAUUAAUUAAAGAAUAAAAAAAUUUUUUUUUUAACGAGGAUAAUUCAUAAUUUUUAAU